AUGAUGCCAGGCCCACCAUCAAUUGAUCUAAAAGAAUUCAUGGAGGUUGAAGAAGGAACUGAUGUUAGCAUCGUGGCCAAAAUUAAAGGUGUACCAUUCCCAACACUAACCUGGUUUAAAGCUCCUCCAAAGAAGCCUGAUAAUAAAGAACCUGUGAUCUAUGACACCCAUAUCAAUAAACUCGUGGUGGAUGAUACUUGCACCUUAGUUAUUCCACAGUCUCGCAGGAGUGACACUGCCUUAUAUACCAUUACUGCUGUGAAUAACCUGGGAACAGCAUCCAAGGAGAUGAGGUUGAAUGUCCUUGGUCGCCCUGGCCCUCCAGUGGGACCAAUAAAGUUUGAAUCUAUUUCAGCAGACCAAAUGACUUUGUCUUGGCUCCCACCAAAAGAUGACGGUGGGUCUAAGAUCACAAACUAUGUAAUUGAGAAAAGAGAACCUAAUAGGAAGACAUGGGUGCGUGUCUCCAGUGAGCCCAAAGAGUGCAUGUUCACAGUUCCCAAAUUACUAGAAGGCCAUGAUUAUGUAUUCCGGAUCAUGGCGCAGAAUAAAUAUGGCAUUGGGGAGCCUCUUGACAGUGAACCUGAAACAGCAAGAAACCUCUUCUCUGUCCCUGGAGCACCAGAUAAGCCAACAGUUAGCAGUGUGACUCGUAACUCCAUGACUGUCAACUGGGAGGAGCCAGAAUAUGAUGGAGGCUCCCCUGUGACCGGAUACUGGCUAGAAAUGAAAGACACCACUUCAAAGAGAUGGAAGAGAGUCAACCGAGAUCCUAUCAAAGCCAUGACUUUGGGUGUUUCUUAUAAAGUGACUGGCCUUAUUGAAGGUUCUGACUACCAAUUCCGGGUGUAUGCGAUCAAUGCUGCUGGUGUGGGUCCAGCAAGUCCACCGUCAGACCCAGUGACUGCUAGAGAUCCCAUUGCCCCACCUGGUCCUCCAUUUCCCCAAGUCACAGACUGGACUAAAUCAUCUGCAGAUCUGGAGUGGUCUCCCCCACUAAAAGAUGGGGGAUCCAAAGUAACUGGAUACAUCGUUGAAUUUAAGGAAGAAGGAAAAGAAGAAUGGGAAAAGGUAACUAACGCUUGGUAUUACGGAGAU